UUACAGUUUUUAUAUUCUGCCCUUCUCACCCCAAAGGGGAUUCAGGGCGGAUCACAUUACACAUAUAAGGCAAACAUUCAAUGCCUUAACAUAGAACAAAGACAGAGACAAACGCAGGCUCCGAGCUGGCCUCAAACUCAUGACCUCUUGGUCAGAGUGAUUUGUUGCAGCUGGCUGCAGCUGGCUGCUCACCAGCCUGCGCCACAGCCCGGGCCUGUAGGAUCAAAAACUUGGCUCUGUAGGAUCAAAAGGUGUCCUUCCACAGCAUUCUUAUGAUCCUAAGGCAUCGCUUCUCAAGGGAUUUAGUUGGUGUGUUUCCAUGAGAAUUUGGGGUGUCCAUAUGUGAUCACUUUGUUGCCUAAAUGGCCCUAUGUUUUUUUUUCCUUCUUUUUUUGUGGGGAGCUGCAGAGCGUCCUCUGCCUCCCGUCCUGUCCCUGGACCCUCAGCACCCCUUUUACAUCCUGGGAGAAGAGCUCAGCCUGAACUGCAAGACUCCUAAAGGACAGGCCGUUGUGAUCUACAGAUUCUUCAAGGAUGAACAAGGCCUGCGACUUAGGGAACUCUUCCUUGAACACAAAGGGCUUCACAAAACUUUACAAGUGGGUGAAAAUACACCUGGCCAGUAUGUCUGCAUGUACUGGAUGCUGACCCAGGACAGGCGGCAGAUUCAGUCCCUUAAAAGCAACACAGUCUCCAUAGCUGUGAGAGAUCCUCCCCCGACUCCUGAGCUGAAGGUGGAUCCUCCAUCUGGGCAGGUCUCUGAAGGGCACACCCUGCUUAUCACUUGUUCAUUCAAUGGGAGCCACACAGGGAAGAGUUUCCAUUUCUACAAGGAUGGAGUUGAGAUUGGGGCCACCAACCAAGCAUCUAUGCAUUGUUCCAAAGGGCCUGGAGGUGCCUCUUCCAACAUCUCUCUGAGCAUCUGCCUACAAGCACAGCCCAACCACACCGGGGAAUUUGCCUGCAGGUAUGAAGAAAACAUGAGUGGCAGGUGGAUUAUGUCUCCCUGGAGCCAGAAGGUCAAGGUCACAGUUUCCAGUAUGAUCCAAAAUUCAUACAUACCGUGGUGGAUUUUUCGGUUUUUAAUUUUGUUGAUGGUUCCUUUCCCUUUCUGCUUCACGAGAAAGAUCAACGGUAUGUAAUAAAAGCAUGAGGGUACCUCUUUUCAUGGUUUUAAUAAAGUUAUAAUAUAAGGGAGUAAUGUGCAGGAAGAUUCUGUUUUGAAUCAUCAACAGAGAAAAAAAAAUAACGAUUUGUUGUCAAAGGCUUUCAUGGCCGGGAUCACAGGGUUGUUGUAUGUCUUUCGGGCUGUGUGGCCAUGUUCCAGAAGUAUUCUCUCCUGACGUUUCACCCACAUCUAUGGCAUUCCAUGCCUCACUGCCUCUGAGGAUGCCUGCCAUACAUGUGGGUGAAACGUCAGGAGAGAAUACUUCUGGAACAUGGCCACACAGCCCGAAAGACAUAAAAUAAUGAUUAUUGUAGAAAAAAAAACCUUUUGGACCACCUACUUGCCAUAUGAGUCUGCCUCAAAUCUGAGAUCCUGUUGUGUGCCCCAACAUCUGAUGGAGUUAGGUUGGUGGAUCCACGGAGCAGGGCUUUCUCUGUAGCAGCCCCUCAAUGGAAGAACUCCCUGCGCAAGGAAGUGAGGCUGGAUACAUCUCUUUUAAACUCCCACCAUGCAGCCCAAAAGGGCUUUUCCACACAGUAUUCAAUGCUUGAGACUGGAUUAUUUUUAGGGGUCACAAAAAUGGGGCCUGGAGGCUGCAUAUAACUCCUGGUCCACCUGCACCCGCGGAUGAGCUAGACAGUAAAUAGUAAGGGAAACAGCUCUGUGGUUUCAUUCCUGAUAGCCCU